GGCAGCCCCGGAAGUGCAGGGCGGGGUGCAGGAGGGUAGUGGUGACUGCGCAGCCUCUGCAGUCCCUGUCGGGGCUCGUAUUCGCCCCCGCUGCCGGGUCGUUGGUCAGGUCUCCGCUCUGCCGCCCGAAGCUUCGCUGCUUCCCACGUGCGACCGGUCGGGGGUGGGGCGGCGGCUCGGCAGAGUCGCCCUCGGGGUUGGAGAGACUCGGGUUUCGGGCUGAGCGAGCGCAGCUUUUCGGAGGAGGUCGUGCCCGGCCUGAACCGCAAAUGUUGGGUUGCCACACCAUGCAGCCCUUACAGCGUGUCCUCCCACUGAAGAGGCGUUUAAAGUGGGGGCCCGUAGCCUCUGUGUCCUGGAUGCUGCCCAGGAUCUUCAGGGCACAUGGCAGUCUUCCCAGCACUGCCUGCCCCAGUCCAGAGAAACCUCUGGAGGAUGGAGCUCAGAAGGAUUUCACUACCAGACUGGCCACUGGACCAGACUUUCAGUAUUUUUUAAGUACUUCAACUCCUCAAGAAAAGCUGUCUCAUUCAGAUGUGGAAGACCCACCCCCCUAUCUCAGUGUGAAUGAACUUCUAGGAAGACAGAGAAAAGUCUAUUUUGAAACCUAUGGCUGCCAGAUGAAUGUGAAUGACACAGAGAUAGCCUGGUCUAUCUUACAGAAGAGCGGCUACCUUCGAACCAGUAAUCUCCAAGAGGCUGAUGUGAUCCUCCUUGUCACAUGCUCUAUCAGGGAGAAGGCUGAACAGACCAUCUGGAGCCGGUUAAAUCAGCUUAAAGUCCUGAAGACAAAGCGGUUCCGCUCUGCAGUGCCUCUAAGGAUUGGGAUUCUAGGAUGCAUGGCUGAGAGGUUGAAGGAGGAAAUUUUCAAUAGAGAGAAAGUGGUGGAUAUUUUGGCCGGUCCAGAUGCGUAUCGGGACCUUCCUCGGUUGCUGGCUGUUGCUGAGUCAGGCCAGCAAGCUGCCAAUGUGCUUCUUUCUCUGGAUGAGACGUAUGCUGAUGUCAUGCCAGUCCAGACAAGCCCAAGUGCUACUUCUGCCUUUGUGUCUAUCAUGCGAGGCUGUAACAACAUGUGCAGCUACUGUAUUGUUCCUUUUACGCGUGGCCGGGAGAGGAGUCGGCCUGUUGUUUCCAUUCUUGAAGAAGUGAGGAAGCUUUCUGAUGAGGGAUUGAAAGAGGUAGUACUUCUUGGUCAGAAUGUGAAUAGCUUUCAAGACACUUCAGAGAUCCAGUUCAACAGUGCAUUGUCCACCAAUCACAGCCGUGGUUUUUCUGCCAAUUAUAAAGCCAAGCAAGGGGGUCUUCGUUUUGCUCACCUUCUGGAUCAAGUCUCCAGAAUAGAUCCUGAGAUGAGGAUCAGAUUCACCUCUCCCCACCCCAAAGACUUUCCUGAUGAGGUUCUGCAGCUGAUUCAUGAGAGAGAAAACAUUUGUAAACAGCUCCACCUGCCAGCGCAGAGUGGAAGCAGCCGGGUGUUAGAGGCCAUGCGGAGGGGAUAUUCAAGAGAAGCUUAUGUGGAGUUAGUCCAUCAUAUCAGAGAGUCUAUUCCAGGUGUGAGUCUCAGUAGCGAUUUCAUUGCUGGCUUUUGUGGUGAGACAGAGGAAGAUCACCUCCAAACAUUGUCCUUGCUUCGGGAAGUUCAGUACAACGUAGGCUUCCUUUUUGCCUAUAGCAUGAGACAGAAAACACGUGCAUAUCACAGACUGAAGGACGAUGUCCCAGAAGAAGUCAAAUUACGGCGUUUAGAGGAACUCAUCACUGUCUUCCGAGAAGAAGCAACAAAAGCCAACAAGACAGCUGUGGGUUGUACCCAGCUGGUGUUAGUGGAGGGGCUUAGUAAGCGCUCUUCCACUGACCUGUGUGGCCGAAAUGAUGGAAACCUGAAGGUGAUCUUCCCCGAUGUAGAGAUGGAGGAUGCCACCAACUCUGGGCUCAGAGUCAGAGCUCAGCCUGGGGACUAUGUUCUGGUGAAGAUCACAUCUGCCAGUUCUCAAACACUUAAAGGACAUGUUCUGUGCAAGACCACACUAAAGGAUUCCUCAGCAUAUUGCUGAUCCGAACAGAUGGCCUCAAGAGCUGGUGUGGACAGUUUUCCCUGACAGGAAGAGACAGAGGAUUGGUCAGUAAGGAAAGAAGUCACAGAGCUGCGGAGACAGACUACCAGUGGUGAAGCAAGUUGUGUCGAAUGGAAGAUACUACUCUUUGUUGGACCUGAGUAGCUUUUACCAUCACUAAAACUUAACAAACACGGCUCCUUUGGCUUUGUUUGAGUUUAUUUUUGAUUUGGUUUGCAAUUCUGAGAUUCUGAAAUUCCCAAGUUAGUUUCUUUUGUGGAUACUGCUAACCUUUUGGUUUUUCUCUCCUGGACCCUAAGAACUAAAGACUGAAGGAGACAAAGGUGGAGAGAACUAUUUGCUUGUAAAAUCUGCUUUGGAUCAUUUUAAUGAUUUCAUUUAACUGCAUUGCCUCAGCUUUCUGCCUCUUUAUUUUGUAUUCAUGUUUUGCCAGAGGAUUAUUCUCAUAGACCAGUUUUUUAGCUGGAAAUUAACUCAUUGUCUUCAGGUCUGACGCACAUCGAAAUUUUGGAGAAUAUUACUUUUGAAUAGACUCCGGGCAUUUAUUCUUGGCCCCCUCACUGCUGAAAUUAUGUCAUACUGUGGGUAAUAUGAAGAAAAAUUUAUAAAAUGGAUCAUGUAGAAUA